AUGAAUUUACGAAACUUUACUGUCACAACACUUAGAAUCUCCCAGCAUCUCUGGCGCGUACAGCAGACGAAUAUCAUCAAGUCCAGUUUAACGUGUUCAAAACGAAGCAUAUUGGCAAAAUCGACAUCUACUACGUCCAAUACUAAAAGAUUUGGUAGGUAUUUUGCACAGCAGAGCAGAUUUUUCUAUCAUGCUGGCACUGGGCGCACCGUCUUUCUUGGCUGCCUAAAAAUUACAACUAUAUUUAUAUUCGGUUUUUUUAGUCUAGUCGUAAUUCCAAAGCAUGUUCUAGCAGACAAGAAAGUUCCCUGGGUCACUGGUACAAUUGCUAUCUCGGGCCUCGUGCCAAUGGUAUUUGUUGCAUAUAUAACCGGUCCAUUUGUAACAUAUGUUCAUGUUCGAAUUCCUUCCUUUGCGCGCAACUCAAAGCAAAUGAUAGUGCGCUUCGCAAAAUCCAUCCCUCCCGAAACCGAGCUUGACUUCACCACGAUGAACAUCUUUGGAAAGCCUAGGGUUUCUAGAGCCAAGGUGAAGGACAUUUAUGCAAUUCAAAGAAGAUUCGGAAUGGUAAACUUUGUCAGGGAUACGAGUCUACUUAAGAAGUCCAAAGCUUGGUGGAAGGUUAAAGCUGUUGAUCAGUUCGGUGUUCAUGGCAGGGAUAGUGGCUUUUUAAAUGGCGAGGUCUGGAAUUUGAUACGAAAGAACAUCGAAAAGAAAACAAUUCGCUGA